AUGGGCCGCGUUGAUGUCCACCACCACUUCUAUCCCGAUGUAUACACCAAAGCCAUCCAACAAGCCAACGGCGACCCCUCGGGCUGGACCAUCCCACCCUGGACCCUGACCGCCGACCGCGAGCUCUGCGCCUCCCUCAACAUCUCCAAAGCCAUCCUCUCCGCCACCGCGCCCGGCCCAGACAUCGAGCGCGACCCCCACCGCGCCGCCACCCUAGCCCGCCAAAUCAACGAAGCCGGCGCCGCCAUCGCCGCCUCCGACCCAACGCACUACGCCUUCUUCGCCUCCGUCCCCACGCUUCUCGCUCCGGACCUCGCCCUCGCCGAAAUCGCCUACGCGCUCGACACCCUACACGCCCGCGGCGUCAUCCUCAUGACGCGCUACGGCUCCGACGCCCACUACCUGGGCCACGCGGACUUCAUCCCCAUCUGGACGGAACUGGACCGGCGGCACGCCGUCGUCUUCAUCCACCCCACGCACCCCGUCGACACCACGCACGUGAACCCCCACCUGCCGGGCCCGAUGUUCGACUACCCGCACGAAACGGGCCGGACGGCAAUGGACCUCCUGACUUCCGGUCGCAUGCCGUCCAUCCGCAACUGCAAGGUCAUUUUGAGUCAUGCCGGCGGGACACUGCCGUAUAUCUUCAUGCGCGCUGCGGGGAUGCUGCCGUACACGCCGUUCACCACGGGGUCGAGUACGGCGGAGUUGUUGAAGGAGGCGAGAAGGUUUUACUUUGAUACGGCGAUUAGUUGCAAUGAGUUUACGUUGGGUUUGUUGAUGAGGUUUGCGGAGGAGGGGCAUGUUUUGUUUGGGACGGAUUUUCCGAAUGCGCCGAGGGAGGGGAUUGAGUUUUUCGAGGGGGAGUGGGGGAAGUUUGUGGGAGGGGAUGAGGCGUUGAGGAGGGGGGUGGAGUGGGAGAAUGCGGUGGGGGUGUUUGGGGAGGGGGUUGUCGAGGGUGGGAAGGGAGGGGAGCUGUGA